GUAUCACUCACUAGCAUAAAAUUUGUUGUAGGAGUGCGCGGUUUAAAGACAAAACGUUGCAUUUUAACGAAUUUAAUUGUAAUAUAUUUAAUAUUUUUUAUAAUAAAAUGUACAAUAAUCUAUAGUAUCUAUAAUAUUAAUGAAAUUUCAGUAUAUACAAUAAGUAUUGUCGUGUCGUUACGGAACGUUUGUGACAAAGUUGAAAAUCAGUGAGGUUAUAAAUUGCAAACAUUUAAUGAAAUAAAUGGAUUCAGCGCCAGCACAAGAGGUAACGGAGCUGCUGAGACAAUGGGAGGAGCAACACAAUACACCCAAUUUCGACCCGAUACCAACUUUGACGAGGAUAGCAGAAAUAAUAGAAGCGGAGACAGAGAACUUUAUGAAGAAGGAUCCGGACCCGUUCGAUGAGAGGCACCCGUCCCGCACCGACCCAGAAUGCGCGCUCGGCCACGCCCUCAAGGUCAUGUUCAAGAAGGACAACUUUAUGACUAAGCUGGUGAACGACUACGUACGCGACACGUACUACUCGCGACAGAACAUCACCGGCCGCGACGUGCACAAGCUGAACGUGGCCGCCUGCAGGCUCACGCUCGACCUCAUGCCCGGCCUCGAGAUGAGCGUCGUCUUUCAGGACAACGAGGCCCUGAUCCACCGGCUGGUGAACUGGGCGACCAACUCGGUGGAACCGCUGCAGUGCUACGCCACCGGCCUGCUCGCCGCCGCCAUGGAGGUGCAGGAGAUCGCCACUAACUUUAGGGAUUUAAACGCUAUGCUAGUACCGCUAAUGCUAAGGAGGCUACACGCUUUAAGAGAAGACAAACAGAACAACCAGAACGUGGUGACGCCACCGAACCAGACGCGACACUUCGCGCGCUUCGACAAGAAGCGAAACAGUGACAUCAAGUGCAACGGACCUAGUAAAGAUAAGAAAGAUCGUGCCAAAGACGAGGGCGGUGGGGGAGACAUGUUGGUGGACGAGACUCCCCCGCAGGCCAGCAGAGACCCCGAGACCCCAGUCAAAAAUUAUAGUAGCCCAGCGAACGCAUGUUCUCCCCCCUCUCAGUGGGGGAUGAUGUCUCCCCCCCCUCGGCCGCCGCCCCUACACCAACACGAAACGUCCUCCAACUCCAGCUGGGCGGAAAUGGAAACAUAUGUUAUAGGUAAUAUACAAAUUCACCCUCCGACGGACGCCACCAAACAGAUGCUCAUACUACGGUACCUCACACCCAUGGGGGAGUAUCAAGAGUUCCUAUCGCACGUGUUCGAGCAGAACGCGCUGGGUUUGAUCCUCGGGUACCUGAACGUGCGCGAGUCCCGGGACUCUCGGCUCGCGUUCGAAGCGCUCAAGUACCUCGCCGCUCUGCUCUGCCACAAGAAGUUUUCCAUCGAUUUCAUUAAUAUGGGAGGGUUGCAGAAAUUCCUGGAAGUGCCUAGACCGUCGGUGGCCGCGACGGGAGUGUCGAUCUGUCUGUACUACCUCGCGUACUGCGAGGAUGCCAUGGAGCGAGUCUGUCUGCUGCCCAGGAAGACCCUGGCUGAUCUCGUCAGGUACGCGCUGUGGCUACUGGAAUGCUCUCACGACUCGGGCCGCUGUCACGCCACCAUGUUCUUCGGUCUCUCCUUCCAGUUCCGCGUCAUACUCGAGGAGUUCGAUCAUCAGGACGGGCUCCGCAAACUAUACAACGUGAUAUCAACCCUGCCGAUACUGAGCGCGGACGAGGACGAGUCGCGCGUGUCCGAGGACGAGACCUGCGCCGCCCGACAAAUCGUACGACACGUCUGUGUCGCACUUAGAAGGUAUUUAGAAGCCCACCUGCGACUGAGAGCGGCGCAGGUCGCGCGGCAACACGGCGACAACGUUCCCGAGCCACCCCCUUACAAGGCAUCAAAAUCAUCCCCGGAAGAGAUACAAGAGCAGAUAGAGUUGCUGCAGAGCGUGGCGUGGUCGCGCUGGCCGGCGGUGGACGAGCUACUCGAGCUGGGCGGCGUCUCGCUGCUGCUACAGGUCGUGGGCUACGCUUACGAAUGGAACUUUAACGGCAGAUCGGAAACGGUGCGGUCAGCGUUGGACGUGAUCUCAGUGUGCUGCGUGGCGCCCCGGGUCCAACUCCUGUUGACUGAAAAGAUUGACAUGCGAGACGCGGAGAUGACUACCGGAGUCAACAUAGUACUAGACGUUUUGGCAGGCGCGGCGGACGGCGAGAUAGUUCCCGAGCCGGACGUGCAGAAGGCAGCGCUCAACGUACUCGUCAACUGCGUCUGCGCACCUGUGCACAGAGCGGGUACGUCGACGACGCGGUUUUCAAUAACCGGCUCGAGCAAGAAGAAGACCGCGCUCAAGUCGUACGAGGACCUCAUACAGAAGGUCUGGGAGAGUGUGCGGACUAAUAAUGGAAUUAUGGUGCUGCUGUCUCUAAUGAUGGUGAAGUCCCCGAUAACGGACGCGGACCGUCUGCGCGGGCUGGCGUGCCGCGCGCUGGCCGGGCUGGCGCGCUGCCCCACCGUCCGGCAGAUCAUCUCCAAGCUGCCGCUCUUCACCACCUCGCAGAUACAAGUGUUGAUGCGCGACCCGAUCCUGCAGGAGAAGCGACAAGAGCACGUGAUGUUCCAGAAAUACGCGCUCGAGCUACUCGAGCGGGUCUCGGGCAAGAGCAAGCACAUGGGCGCCGAGUUCGAGACCUCGCUCGCUAAUAUACACCGGGCGAACGUAGUAGCGCAGACGCGCAUCAACUACAACGAGCGUCAACUACUGCAGCUGGUGGCGGCGCACCUGCUGGAGCGCGGGCUGGCGGCCAGCGCCGCCACGCUGCAGCGCGAGGCGCGCCUGCCCGCCCCCACCGCGCCCGCGCCCCCGCCGCCGCCGCCGCCCCCCGUCUACACGCCCUCUACCCCCACCAGGCCCCGGCUGUCGGUGUCCCGCGCCAACAGCAGUGGCUCGCUGCACCGCGACAGCGUGGACCUCAACUCCUCGCAUACCAUGCAUGUGGACGACGCCAGCCCGCUGCCGCCCGUCAUCAAGCUCAGAAAAGUACAAAAUCCGCCUUUGAACACAGUGUCGACCCCCACGUCUGAGCACAAGCGGUCCCUGCAGAAGCAGCUGAGCGUCCCCCCAGGGGAGCCGGCCCCCAGCCAGCACCGCGUCACUUUACACACCAUCAUCACGGAAUACCUCUAUAACCAACAUUCGCUUUGCAAGAAUCCCGUCGCUACGUGUCCACAAUUCAAUUUGUUUGAACCCCACAAAUGCCCGGAGCCCCGCGGCGGCGGCGGCCUACUAGGCGGUGGAGCGGAGCACUCGCUGCUAGCCCGCGUGGCUCGCCGCGAGCUCGGGCUGGGCGGGGCGCGCCGCGCGCACGCCCGCCUCGUGCACGCGCACUUCGCGCCCGUGCGGACGUUACGCCUUCAAGAUGACGACGCGUAUUUCACGCAUACGCUGUUCCAUCCGACGCAACAACAGCUGUUGGCGGCGACGUCGUCGGGCGACAUCCGGGUGUUCAACCUCUUCAGCGGGAUCGAGGAGAACUCAUACCAAGUUCACGAGUCUUACAUAUACCAUAUGCAGUGGUAUUGUAAAUUAGGUCGUAAUGGUCUUAUUUCGACCACUAGGCGACCACUAUUAAAUAAAAAAUAUGAAUACGUUAUAAAUAAAAUUUUUUUUUCAUCUUUCAGAUUUCAAUUAGACAAUGAAGAGUACGUUGAGUUCUCGAAGAUGUCGGACGAGCGUAUAAUCGGCACCAAGGGCGAGACGGCGACGAUAUUCGACACGCGCACGGGCCGCGAGCUGAUGACGCUCACCCCGGCCAUCAGUAACCAGUACGCCAAGAACAGGGCCACCUUCAAUCCGACUGAUGAACUAGUGCUUUCAGACGGUGUGCUCUGGGACGUGAACACCGGCAAGGAGAUACACAAGUUCGACAAAUUGAAUCAAACACAUAGCGGCGUCUUCCAUCCGAACGGACUAGAGGUUAUAUCAAAUACAGAAGUUUGGGAUCUUAGAACAUUUCACCUGCUGAGGACGGUGCCUACGUUAGACAAAUCAGAGGUAUUAUUUAACCCUACAUGCUCAGCGCUGUACGCGGUCUGCUCCGACCAGGACGCCGAGGAGAGGAGUCAGUUCGAUACCAGUUUCAAGACAUUAGACCCGUACGACUAUUCUAGUAUAGCAACGAUAGACGUGAAAAGAAACAUAUACGCGCUGGGCAUAUCCCGGUACGGCACGCAGAUAUCGCUGGUCGAAAACAUGGGCGACUUCGAGCAGAUGCAGGAGUCCUGCGUCAAGAUAUACGACGUCGGACGCAAGAGGGACCACGACGAUGAUGCUGAGGAGGACGAUGAAGAGGAAUUGGCGGGAGGGUCGGAGAACGAUGAUGGAUCUGACUCAGGGUCUGACAACGAUGAUGAUUUGGCCUCAUCUCUAUUGCGCAACGCAGUGAUGGGCCUGGACGGGAACAGCUCGGGCUCGUCGUCGCACGAGGAGGGGGACGGGCCCCCGCGCCGCAGGACGCGCCGCCGACGGGUGAGUCGACACGACGAUGACUCGGCGGCAGACAACAACAGCAGCGACAGCGACGGCGACGGCGACCUGGAGCUCGGCGACAUCAUCGAGUUCGAGCUGGAUUGAUGCAAUAAAUAUAUGUUGACCAGUU